GAAAUUGAAGAGGAAUCAUUUCAAGUAAAAAUAGAUAUUUAUAUAAAAAGUCUAGAGUACAUUAUUAGAAAUGACCAAGGAAAAAAGCGUAAUAAGGCACAAAAUCUUUUAGAUAGAUAUAAAAAGGCAAGUGAAAAUCCAACUUUUAUCGACAACCGACCGGACUAUAAACUGGCAAGAGAGUGGGAAGAAAAACGGUCAAAAAAGAUGCGUAUACCUUUAAUAAACCAUCACCAUCAUUCAACAUUUACUGGAAUUGGAACUAUUAGCGGUGGAAGUGUAGCUAUAAAUUGUGGAACCUUCGGUAUUGAACCCUCAAGAAAGAAAAAUCAAGAGAAAAUUGUGCGUGUGGCAAAAUUUUUGAAUGCAUUUUUUAAUGCUUUCUCAGGGUUAGAAUUGUUAAUUGAAUAUUAUAAGUGGGACGAAAUGAAUACCUUCUUUCAGACCUCAACUGAAUAUCAUUCGACCAAUUUUUUUACUGGUUCAAAGACCUUGAAUACAGAUUGCGAAAAGCUUCCAUCUUCUAACUUAUCAACUUCACGUGCUUUAAAGAGAAAAAAUGAUUCAGAUGGCGAAGAUAAUUUGCAUGAAGAAUCUUGUGAUGUCGAAGAUGAAAAACCAAAAAUUGAUAAAGAAAACUAUAUGGUGGCAUUCGGCAAAAUUCCAGAAAAUUCAAAAAUGAAAUUAAGUUCCGGAAGAAUUGUAGAGGAUAUUUUGUUCGAAUAUGCGAAGGAUAAAGUGUAUGAAGAUGAUCAAGAAGUAAGAAGUUUAUUUUCUAUGGAUGAAUGGGCUGAAAUAACGAAGGAGGAUCAAUUAGAAGAUUUUCAAGUGCCAGAUGAAUUAGCAAAUUUCAUGAACAGUUAUAAUAAAAGUACAUUACAAGAUAUCCGGUCUGAUAUUAUGAGAUCUUACCUUAAAGAAGGUGAGGUCUAUGAUCCUUCUUUACAUUACGACAAAGAAUGGCUUCAUGGAUCAAUAAGAACAAUAGUAAAUUUAUGGGAAAACAGAGACGCUCCCUUAGCAAGAAUGCAAUAUGAAGACUGGUAUUUUGGAAAUAUACUUGGGCAAUGUUUGGAUUUUUGUUUUAGAGAUUCGACAUUAGGCACAGAUAUUAAAAGGACUGACGCGCCAUCAUUGGCUAGUGGAAAUAAAAAAAAUCGUAACAAGCAAAAAAAUCACAGAAAAAAGGUUGGCAGAAAAAUAGAUGGCAUUAUCUAUAAUGUGGAAUAUAAUCUCGAGCUCGGUGCAAUUGAAUCAGCACGAACUUUUAAGGAUGAAUACGAUAGGAAGUACCUCCAUGAAUCAUUUAAAUUACCGAAAGUUCUAAGGGACAUAUACUGUGAUUUGGUUAGGUUCAUCAAAUAUGAUGAGGAGAAAAGCAAUUCAAUACAAGUAAUAGGAAUUUUGCACUUUGGUCUUAGACUACAAUUUGUUAGGUUAUGGAGAGCGGGAGGUUCGAUUACAAUCUUUAAGAAGAGUAAUGUAGUUUAUCAUUUGUCAUCUAAGUUUACAAGACCUGGCAUUUGCGAUUUUCUUAAAUUAUUGGCUGGUAUUUAUGCUUAUAAGAAUAAUCUUCGUCUUUUGGGUUUAAAUGAGGAUAAAGAAAAUGAUUUUUUAAAGGAACUAAAGAAAGGAGGUCGAGAAUCAACUCCUCCACCUAAAACAAUUAAAUAUUUAGUAGAUUGUUGGAUGACUCCUGUAGUGCUCAAGCCAAUCAAGCCCAAGCAAACCAAGCGACAGAACAAAAAAUCAACUAAAAAAAGAUGA